AUGGCAUCAUAUGCGAUUCGAUCAGAGAAACCUAUCUUUUCAUCAAACCCAGAACUGGACAAUCUGAUGAUCCAGGCCAUUCAAGUUCUAAGGUUUCAUCUAUUAGAGCUAGAAAAGGUUCAUGACCUCUGUGAUAAUUUCUGCCAUCGGUACAUCACCUGCCUUAAAGGCAAGUUGCCCAGUGAUUUGGUGCUGGAGGACCGGGAGGGUGGAUCCAAAUCUGACAUGGAAGAUUUCACUGGCUCUUGCACCAAUCUGUCAGAACAAAAUCAGUCUUGGUUGCGAGAUCCGGAUGACUGUGUGUCGACCCCCUCGGGCACCCCCAGUGCCUCCUGUGGCCUCAACUCACACAGCGCAGAGAACUGCAGCGAUGCCGGUGAUGGGUUGGAUGGAAGUAUGGCAUCUCUCAGCACGGGAGAAGAAGAUGAAACAGAUAGAGACAGACGAAACAAGAAAAGAGGAAUCUUUCCCAAAGUUGCGACAAACAUUAUGAGAGCUUGGCUCUUCCAGCACCUGUCGCAUCCGUACCCGUCUGAAGAACAGAAGAAACAGCUCUCCCAAGACACGGGUCUCACUAUACUGCAGGUCAAUAACUGGUUUAUAAAUGCCAGACGCAGAAUAGUUCAGCCAAUGAUUGACCAAUCAAAUCGCUCAGGCCAGAGUGCUCCAUACAGUCCAGAGGGGGCGGCUCUAGGAGGAUAUGGGUUAGAUGUACAGUCUCAUUUAGGUCUUAGGACAGCAGGAUUUCAGGGAAUGCCGUCCCUGCCCACAGAUUACCCCGGGGCCCUUCUGCCCCAACCGGGAUACUCCCACGCUGGCCCAUCCUUGCACCCGUACCCCGGCCCCCACACUGCCAUGCUGCUCCAUCCGCCACCCCACAGCCACCCCGCUGAACAACUCAUAGGACAAGGCCUUGACAUCCAUGCCCACUAACUGAGAGCGGAGCAGGGAGGGCGCGCUGAAAAUGGGAUGGAAGGGUACACUGUAAAUUGACUUUGCAGUACCACAGCCCAUCACUCUCACCAAACCUUCAGGGCAUCACCGCGGUCGACACAUAAUGACUCUGAGAAUGUCUUAAAUGCACUGACCUGGCAUCAUAAAUGUAUCAAAAUUAUGCACUCAGCUCCCAUGCAAUGCCCAUCUCAAAUGCCUGACAGACUUGUUACAUUCCUUAACCAUUUCUUGCUAUCUGAUCUCCUCAUGACAAUGCUCUGAAUGCACUGUAUUUAAUACAUCUAUCUACUAGUUUUUAUGCACACUGCUGCGUUUGAUUAAUAUACCCAUGUCUUCCUAUGGCCUUAGGGGUGAGCUGAAGUCUCCCUUAAUCUAACAUUAAGGCCUUCAUUGCCUUUCUUGCCUUGCCUCCGAAAACCCUCUUGAGGAGCACAAACGGAAAAACACAGCAUAUACCUCCUCCGUCAGGACCCAACAGGUCAGAAAUUCCUGAAAUAGUCUUCUGAGAUGAACAAUUGCACCAAAUCCUUACAACCUAACUGCUGAACAUGGUUAAUGCAAUGGAAGGGUGAAGCUCAUGAAACCAUGUCACGCUUCACCCCAAAAUCAAAAGACAUUUUGCACAAGAAACCUAUUAUUAGAAGAGAAUUAGGAAUCAUUUUGCAUUGCGAUCUCGUUUCUAUAAAUUGCAUUUUCCACAAAAAUCUCAUUGCUGUAAUGCAUCUGGAUGUGUGCUUUUUGUUAAAUUCCUAUUAUUCUUAAUAGUAAUUCUCAUGUUUCCCAUAUUACAGUAAUACAGUAAAAAACUGGUUUUCUUGGAAGAAAAAUAUCAGUCUUAUUUUGAUUUUGGGGUGAAACAGAUAGCACAGACGUAUUCCUGGGAGAUUUUUUGAGAUUCACCUGUAAAAUGUCAAAGAGCCAAGUGUCUCUGUCUUCCUAGCUGAGGGCCACAUACAUUUCAAGUCAGUCUCACUUUUAGUUUAACACAUUAUUUAAUAGAAUUUUUAUGUAAUUUUUUUUUGUAUUUAUCUAACUAUGGCUACUCCAAAACUUUAAAGUUACAAUAAUCCGAGUGCCACGUUUUUGAAAUAUCUCGAUUUGAUAAAGAAGUGAAUAUGUUCUUCAGUUCUUUGAAGUUUAUGUGAAUGUUUACCUGCUGAGGUCCCGACAGGCACAUUUUUGGUUUGCUCUAAAGGACCCGACUCACAUUACCAUCAGUAUUUCACCCAAUUCCAUCACACGAAUGAAUACCAAAAUAUCUGACGAUACUUUCUGGAGAUUUGUUUGAUUUCAAUCUUGGAAACCUGAGCUCUUUUUUUGUCAUUCCCCUGUCUGCAUUAAAACAUGUUAUGUGACUGUUGAUAUAUUGAUAUUUCUGUUGAUAUACAACAUAUUAAGUUCAAGCAUUGACACAAUGUUUCUUUUGGCCAUUUAAACAUUUUAGGAAUUUAAAGUCAGUUUAACUAAUGACCAAUGCAUAUUUAAUUAGACACAUUUCUCAAUCCAUAAAUAUUUAUAAAGCACAACAAACCCACCCGACAAAUGGAAAAGUGAGAUUUUCCUGGUGAAAAAAAUUUAAUCUAGUCAUUAAUAAUUGUUUGACCUAAAAUUAAAUGAAACAAUUAGAGACUAAAAAGAGAGGACAUUUGAAUUUGAGAGAAGCAACAUUUCAAGUAAUUUAACAAAAUCACCAGUUUAUUUGUUGUUGUUUUUUGGCAUUUUG